AUGGUGCGCUUGGUGCGGUCCUGGAUGAAGCACCUGCUGGAGUUCCUGGCCGGCAGCCAGCACUUCCUCCAGGGCCACACCAUGCCCACCAUCAGCAAUCGAGGUCCGGGCAUUCACCCAACGAGUACUGAUGAUGCAAACGAUACGGCCCAGGGGGAAGCGUCUGCUGGAAUCAAUGGCCGUCAACUAGCGCUUCCUCGACGGCGGCAACGUUUGCAUCAUCAUCAAGGCAACGAGACGAAUCGUUUGCGCUCGCAUUCGACUCGAUUGGAGGAGAAAUGCCUCAUCUACGGGUGUUUGUAG